AAGGCCAAUUAAUGUCCAUCAAAAAAUUCAAUUUCCCAUGCACAAAAAAAAAGCUAACGAUUAAAUAUUCUUUAUCCAAUUAAAGAUGUGCUUUUGAGAGUUGAGUUUUAUUGAGAAGUUUAUAAAUUCAUUUUAUUAACUCAUUAACUAACUCAUUGGCAGACAGACUUUUUUCAAUACGAGUGCAGCAAAAAAAAGACAGUCCAAUGAGUUUAAGUUACACAAGUAAUUUUAGUAUUUGAAAGACUCUAAUAGAAAAAGAGUGUUGCUCUUUAAUUUUUACAACGUUCCAAUCAGUUUUAGGAGCGAAUCUCUUACUCUGUCCGCUCUUUUCUCUCCUUACUGAUAACCUCAACUGACCCCCAGUCAUAUCAAUCUUGGAUUCUCGGCUGCUGGAAUGCGAUUCGAGUGGGAAAGGCAGUCGAUAGCUUCACCGAGCUCCGGCAACAUGUCGGACCCGGGUUGGACGACACUUUUACUGUGGCUUCUCUGGUUACCCCAACUGCAUGUAGUUUCUACAGAGGAUGCACCACCUCCAUUCCAGCGGAUCUACCAAACGGAGCAGACAGUGCGUCGAUCAAAAUCCCAGGAUAUGGGCAACCAUGUGGACAGCAACAUUGAUCCCUGUGUGGAUUUCUACGCCUAUGCCUGCGGCAAUUGGAAAUCAACUUAUACGCCGCAGGAACAACUUAAGCAUCAAACGGAUCGAGAACUUCUUCUGCUUUUGGAGGAGGCUGUGAAGCGGGAGGAUAGCGCUUUAGUUCGGCAGACCAAGGAGUUCUUCAAAUCUUGUGUGGCGGCACAGGCACAACAAAGUCAGCAGCAACAGCAAUUUCUCAGUGAUUUCAUCAGUCAGAAUGGAGGAUUUCCAGCGGUUCCUGGAUCCCAGUGGGCUGUGCAUCAUCACGAUUACGACUGGCUAAGAGUUCUGGGCAUCCUGAGAUUCCGCUAUGGAAUGGACAUACUCAUCGGACUUCGAGUGGGUUAUAAUUAUGAAAGUGUGAGCGAGAACAGCUUGUAUUUGAGCGAACCCAGCACUAUAAUCCCGAAAGAGCUUUGCACCCAGAAUAGACUCGAUAUCAGGGACUCUAUUUACGAGCCGCUAGAACAUCAAAUGGCUUCUGAACUUAAGACUUGGUUGGCCCUGGGAAAUGAGGAAUCUGCUCGCCUGGCAGCCGAUAUUCUAAGUUUUGAGCAUGAGUUGUGUGGUGGAAUGCGAGGUGAACCCUUCAAUCCUUUCGAUGCCGAAGAACAGCUUUACCUGGCUAACUACACCCGUAAAACGUUGCCUGAGCUAAAAAAUUUAUUUGAACUCGAUCUGGAAUCUUAUGUGGCAGCCAGUUAUGGCAAGGAUAUCUUUAAGCCAGUUUACAUGGCAGCACCGGAAUACUUUCGCCAGCUUAAACGCACUGUGACUGCUCAGAAUAUGAGUUUAGUGGCUAACUAUAUCAUGUACAGAGCGGUUUCUGCUCUAAAUUUUCCUUUAGAGGAUCGUCCGCAGCUGAGGAAGGGAGAAUGUCUUGAAAGGACCAAGGACCUGUUGCCCUCCGCUUUGGGAGAACUUUAUGCCCGCCAGUUCGGAGCGGAGGAUAACAGAAGGGAUCUCGACAAUCUAUAUGAUACAUUAAAGGGAGCUUUGCGGAAAAGUCUGGGUGCAGAAUGGCUGGAGGAGGGCAGCCAGCGGGUGGGGCAGGAAAAACUAAGGAACAUACGACUAGAGGUUGCCAGUUACGACCGUCCACUGAUCCUCAAGUUGCAGCUGGAGCGUGGCAACUAUUGGCAAAAUCUCCGCCAGAUUUUGGGAGCGGUUCAAUCACAAAAAAUGAUCCGCCUUUUUGAAGAAUUUAUGCCCGCUCCCUCCGAUCCCGUGGAGGCAUUUGAGGCCAGGGUGCGACUGCGACCAGUUCAGCGUCGCUUGGAUAUGGGAUUGGCCCUGAUGCAGCCUCCUGCCUACGAUCGCCACUAUGGCCACGCCCUCCGCUAUGCCACACUGGGCGUAAAGUUGGCGCAACAGCUGGUCUUGGCUUUCGACGAUCCACACUGGUCGAUUGGACUGCUCGAGCGGGACAAUUGGGACGGUUUAACCGCCUGGCAGUAUCACAUUCGCAGUGAGUGCUUUGCCCGCCAAGUGGAGAACUAUUUGAGGGCCAAUUCAAGUGCCACCAGGCAGCUGAUCACGGAUAGUGCAGCUCUGAAUGUCGCUUUUCGGGCCUACCUCACUUGGCUGGGAUUCCAGGAGCCAAACAACGACUUCGCUAAGCUAACCAAGGAAACGCUGCCGGAUCUUAACUACUCGAAUACGGCUCUCUUCUUUGUUGCGUAUGCCCAGCAGCAUUGCAGUCUGGAGGAGAUUCGACCCAAGGAUGGAAAUUGGACACCGGGGGGAUUCCCCUACAGCGCACGACAAAAUCACACCUGGAAUCGUUUGGAGGUAAAUGGUCCUUUGAGGAAUUCAGCUGAGUUUGCAAAAGAGUUCCGGUGUCCCAUUGGUUCUCCCAUGAAUCCUGCCACCAAGUGCACUACUUACUAAUAAUAUUUGUAUUAAAAACUAAUCAUUCAAUUUUCUAGGAAUGAAAUAUAUUAUACUUGUCUGAUUGUAAAAAAUAAAACGUAUAAUUGCUGAGUUAAGGGGGAAA